AUGACUGUUAACGACAAUCAUUGCACGGAUCUUCACCUUCAACAGCAUCUCACAAGCUCUGUCGAUAUUCCUCCCGAAAAUCAUUUUACAACCUGUUAUAGCCAUUUGACACAGACAUCCGCGUUUACAAGCUCUUCAUUAACGCUUGCUAAUCUGUGUGCGCAACCGUAUAGAUGUGUAGACUUGAUCAACGGACAUUACUUUGCCCAGCAUCACAAGACUGCGAGAUUCAUUCUGUAUCUCGCUGGUAACAAGCCAGAGUCAAUUUACCAACACUCCGUUUUUGCCGCUUGUAAGCCUUCAUUCCUGACAUACGACGUCUGCGCUCAUCAGUUUUUGGGUAUCAAUCAGUCCUUUUUCUUCGACUGGAACCCUCCAGGGCAACCGGUUCCGAUACCUACUACUGAGCAGUGUGAAGUUAUCCACAUUACUUGGGGACGCGGCAAUGCUCUUGGACCGAACCCGCAAUCCCCUUACUAUCUUCUGGUUUAUGCCUCAACUUUCACUACUCCCAUUGUCAUCCCUGCAGGUGGCAACAGCGGCAGCCUUUCCUUCGACUGGCAUGUUCCUUUCGCUCCAGGGACGCAGUAUCAAAUAUGCAUGUUUGAUGCAGUCGGAAACACGGGAGGAUGCCAGGCGACCUACACCGUCAUCCCACCAAGGAGCACCCCUACUUGUUCCAAUGUAACCUUCCCUCCUCGACUAAAUGUGCAAGCACAAGAUCACACCGGCCUGCUAUCACAAUAUGGCUUUAUCGACCAAUGCACGGAUGUAUCUGUUCGACCUCUGAAUGGCACGCCGCCGUAUACGUUGACAGUUGCUCCAGCGCUGCAUCCACCGUAUAAUAUCACUUCGGAAAACAUGAAGUCUAUCAACUGGACCAUCAGCUUGUCGUGGGCCACACCGUUCUUUAUCAGCCUUACAGACUCAAACGGCGUAAUGUGGUCCAAUGGCCCUCUACACAGCGGCGGUCCGGGAACUACAACUGCCUGCCUGUCGGAAGUCCUGCCUUCCAGUUUGUCUGUGAAACCCGCUGUUGCCGUUGGGGCAAGUAUCGGGACGCUCUUCAUGGGCAUCCUGUUUGGCUUGUUGGUGUCCUUCAUCAUCCUUGAAAACCGCAAACGAAAGAACAAAUUGGCGGAACUGAGUGUCGACCCAUUCGAUAUUGCAACAUCGGUCCCGUCAGAUGCCCGAAGAUCCCCAAGCCAAAUCUAUGUCGUUCAUCACGACAAUCAAACUGCUCCGGUGACUAUAUACCACCAAGAGCAGUCCCGUGUCGUCGAUUUACCCCCUAGCUAUCGGGACCCACAAGAGGGGAUCGACCUGGGUGAUAAUCCCGAUUCUAAUAGCGCUAGUCAUAAUGCCACCGUUAGUACAAGAUCGAUUCCGCUUGGUUUGCAGCGCGCAAGAGACCCUCGACCGAUAAAUAAGUCGAGCCGUAGGUAG